GCUACUUGUGACUUUUGGGAGGUAGCGAGCAAAAAAUAACCCAACUUUUCUCGUUUCUACGCGAAAAAAAAUGUUACCCUCGAGAAUUUUUCAUUAAUUUAGCACGGUGGUCUUGUCAGCGCGAACAUUACGGUGAAGGGAGUGAUCGUUUGCACAAGGUCAUCCUUUUUUACGAAAAAUGAGUUUCUUUGGGUUCGGCCAGUCGGCUGACAUAGAGAUUACUUUGGAUGGUGCAGAAACCAGGAAGACUGCAGACAUCAAAUCCGAAGAUGGCAAAAAAGAGCGCCACUUGUUAUACUAUGAUGGGGAGACCGUAUCAGGAAAGAUUAAUAUUAGUCUCAGAAAAGCUGGUAAAUUGGAGCACCAGGGUGUUAAAGUAGAAUUUAUUGGACAAAUUGAAUUAUACUAUGAUAGAGGAAAUCAUUAUGAAUUCUCAAGUCUUGUUAAAGAGUUAGCUAGGGCAGGAGAAUUAACGCAUAACACUUUGUAUACUUUUGAGUUUGCAAAUGUAGAAAAACCAUUUGAAAGCUACACAGGUUCUAAUGUGCGGCUAAGAUAUUUUCUUAAAGUGACAAUUGUUCGAAGACUUAGUGAUAUUGUUAAAGAACUUGAAUUAGUUGUGCACACUCUUAGUUCCUAUCCAGAUAUGAACAAUCCUAUUAAAAUGGAAGUUGGAAUCGAAGACAGUUUGCAUAUCGAAUUCGAAUAUAACAAAAGCAAAUAUCAUUUAAAAGAUGUCAUUGUUGGAAAAAUAUAUUUUCUCUUGGUUAGAAUAAAAAUUAAACACAUGGAAAUUGCCAUAAUAAAACGAGAGACUACUGGUUCUGGCCCACACGUAUUCACGGAGAAUGAAACCAUAGCGAAAUACGAAAUAAUGGAUGGAGCACCAGUCCGUGGUGAAUCUAUUCCAAUAAGAGUGUUCUUGGCAGGUUAUGAUUUAGCACCUACAAUGCGUGACAUUAAUAAAAAAUUCAGUGUUAGGUACUACCUUAAUUUAGUCCUGAUGGAUGAAGAAGAUCGUAGAUAUUUUAAGCAACAAGAAAUAACGCUCUGGAGAAAGGGCGAAAAAAGUAGGAAAUCUCAAACUGCUUCACCUCAUAUGCCAUCACACUUAGUAUCUGCUGAAACAGGAUUUCCACAAGGAGCCGCUCCAGCUCCUAUAGAAGGCAUGACACGCGAAGAAGGAGAUGGUGAAGGUGAAGUUAAUGUCGAAAAAGAAGUUAAUCUCGAAAUUAACUGAAUCUUGCAUAUAAUGCAAUUAUUGAAGGCAAUGGAAGUCUUACUAGUUCGAAAAAUCAAUAACAACAUUGGAAAAUAUCACCUGGAACUAGUAGUAACGUUUCUCUUAUACUACGAAGAGAAAUUAAGUUUUAAGAACAGGGAGGAAUUAUAACACCUGCGAGUAAAGUUGUAAAUAUUUUGGAUACCUAUAAAAAAUGCAGGUGAAUAAAUUGAAUAAGUAGCCAAUUAUCGAUCAAAAUUUCAAAUUACUGAGAUCUGUAGGUAAAUAUACUAUGUCGUCUGAUGGGACAGAUCUAAAAUGAUUUAAAACAAAAAUGUAAUAUUAUGGAAAACAUAAUGCAACAGCGCAUGAGGUGAAUAUUCAUAAAUGGACAAUUUAAUAAUCGAAUAUUAAUCGGUGGUAUAUUCUCGAAUGGCAUCUGAAUGUUACAGUGUUCUGAAUAUUUUAUACAAACUUAUUCUGUGUUAUGCGAACGAUGCCUUCAACCACUAGAUUAUUCUUGAAAUUCGAUCACUUGUAUGACAACUUAAUGUCAUAUAAGAAUUUUAUAAAUCUGAGAUGAAUAUACAUAUACUCAAAAUGGCUGCCCUAUUUUAAUCCACUCAGCUAGUCUACAUUUAAUAUGAUAAAGGCACUAGUAAUACAUGUUUUGGUAUCACACACUGUUAAAGUAAUUUGUGAGAAAAUGUGCUUUUUUUCUACAAGAAUUUUCAGUAUGUAUAUAGCAUACAAUAACGUAAUAGUCGAUAGUUUUAUCCAAGGCUCUAGCAUUAUUGUAUAUACAAGUUAUUAAAUUGUAUAUGCUACUUAAUUUUACAUCAUUUGGAAGAAAACUUUCAAAAUUCGCGUUAUAAAUCAUUCUAGAAUAUGUAAGCCUUAGUAGAAUUGCUCAAUUUUUGUAUGCCUUUAUUAAUAUAUGAGUGGACUUAUGAUUGAUUAAAACAUGGGAUAGCCUUACAUGUAUUUAUAGAUAUAUACAUACAUAUUACAAUAUGUGUGUGGAUAUAUAUACAUGCAUAUAUAUGAUUUCUAAUGAUAACAGUACAGUAGUUACAGACUGGGUUAUAUACACACACACAAAUAUCAACAUCUAUUGUAAUAAUACUGAAAGCAGUAAUGAACUAAUAAAAUGUGUUCUAUCAAGGUAGUAUUAUGAUUACUACCAAGAUGGAGGUUAUGUCGAUAUGAAAGAGAAUAUCGAUCAUUUUGUAUGAUUCUAUGUUAACAUGGGUUGACUGUAAAAAUCUUGUUAAAAAAGUACGUAAUAGUUAACCACGUGUAUUUCGAGAAUUUUGCUUUGUGUAAAUUAAAGUUUUCAUAUUUCACACCUUUGUUAUUUGUUGACAAGAAAGAUAUAUGUGUAAAAGAGAGAGAAAAGCAAAACUAUUUGUGAAUUAUUUGACAUGUCAAAUAUUGUAUAUACAUAUACAUAUUGUCAUACGAUAUGAAGCUAGUUGUAUAUUUUAAUGCCCACAUAAUUAUAUUAUAUAUUGUAUACGGUGUGCCUUUGUGUGCACGUAUAUUGGAAAAGAUUA